GAGGGAGAGGAGUGUAGUUGUGGUGUACAUGCCCUGCUUUGUACCACUCCCUCUAAUCUCUCCACCCCUCUGUCGUUGUGUUGUUUUCCUCAGUUAGCCCAUGCGAGCGGCUUGUGGACUGAGUGCAGCUGUUUCGUUCAGAGCAGAGCCCAACAUGUGAGAAGAUGUCUGUUGGAGGUUGUGCUUGUCCCGGCUGUUCGUCAAAGUCAUUCAAGCUGUACUCUCCUAAGGAGCCCCCCAACGGCGGCAGCUUUCCCCCCUUCCACCCAGGAGCUAUGCUGGACAGAGAUGUGGGGCCUACACCCAUGUACCCCCCAUCAUACAUGGAGCCUGGAAUGGGGAGACCCACACCGUACGGGAACCAGACAGAUUACCGGAUAUAUGAGCUGAACAAAAGGCUACAGAAUUGGACUGAGGACUGUGACAAUCUGUGGUGGGAUGCGUUCACCACAGAGUUCUUCGAGGAUGACGCCAUGCUCACCAUCACUUUCUGUCUGGAAGAUGGACCCAAACGAUACACCAUCGGCCGGACAUUGAUUCCACGAUAUUUCCGGAGUAUUUUCGAGGGGGGCGCCACUGAGCUGUUCUACGUUUUGAAGCACCCAAAGGAGUCCUUCCACAGUAACUUUGUGUCUCUCGACUGUGACCAGUGCACCAUGGUGACCCAGAACGGCAAACCCAUGUUCACACAGGUUUGUGUGGAGGGCCGCCUGUACCUAGAGUUCAUGUUCGAUGACAUGAUGAGGAUCAAGACGUGGCACUUCAGCAUCAGACAACACAGAGAGGUCCUCCCAAGGAGUAUUUUGGCCAUGCAUGAUCCCCAAAUGCUCGAUCAGCUGGCUAAAAAUAUCACCAGAUGUGGGCUGUCCAACUCCACGCUCAACUACCUCCGUCUAUGUGUGAUAUUGGAGCCCAUGCAAGAGUUGAUGUCGAGGCAUAAGACGUAUAGCUUGAGCCCCAGAGACUGCCUGAAGACCUGCCUCUUCCAAAAGUGGCAAAGAAUGGUCGCACCUCCAGCUGAGCCCGCCAGACAAGCUCCAAACAAGAGGCGGAAAAGGAAGGUGUCCGGUGGAAGCACCGUGAGCACCGGCGGAGGCAACAAUAACAACAGCAACAGCAAAAAGAAGAGUCCAGCCAACAGCUUUUCACUCUCCAGCCAGGUACCUGACCUGGUUGGAACAAAAACCUGUACAGUGCCGGAGCUUGAGGACCGGAGUUGAGAACCACUACGCUAAAUCUUAAACAUCCACAAACUGACACACAUGCAUCCAGACCUGUUCAUACUCCAACACACACACAAACACACAUUUACACUCACCUACACCUGCAGCAUAAAACAAUGAGGUACUGGAGAGAGGUGGUACGCAGCAUGUCUGGACCAGAGCACCAGAUGCUACAGAAGUGUGUUUUCAUUUUCUAUGUUUUUGACUUGUUUUGAAUUGUUUUUAUUUUUGUAAACAAUUUCGAAAAAAUAAACAUACAAGCAAGCAAACAAAAACACCCCUAGAAUAUUCUUUGCACUGUUUUCCACUAUUGACUCCAGUCUAUUUUUCUUAUGAAUUGACCGUGUAUUUCCUUUCCUUUUCUAUUAUUGCUAAUGUAAGAACUGUAAAACAUCUGAAACCUGCAGUAUAUUAAUGUAAACGUAUUGCUGUUAGAUCAUUCUUAUUGUAAUGGUAAUAACUUCCAUGUAGGUCUGUGCUAAAUAUAAUGUCACCUAUCUGUCGGCCAUCACACUGUCAUCAGGUCCUUUGGCUUCAGUGCUAGAAAACAGGUUUGGGCGAGAGAGCAAAGCCAGUGUUUGAAUACUGGACCACAUCUUGUCUGAUGUGAGUCCAAAGCAACACACUGAAGACAACUCCCCCUCAAAAUGUCCCUCCAGCCCCCGGGUUGGAUCUGUUGACAUGUCAUUGCAGAACUGUUUGCUUCGUCUUGAAAUCUGGAGGUCCUCUCUUCAGAACACACAGUAACAAGAAACUUCUCAAAUUUGCUACUCAAAAAUAUUUUAAAAAUCAAAUUUUGACAAGAUUGUAAAAAAAAAGGAAAAAAAGACUUUUGUAUUAACUUAAGUUUCCCAGAAAUGUUUUUAAUUACAACUAAGAAAGCUGCACACCAAGGAGCUACAUGUAAAGAUUCUUUAGAUAUUGAUUACACUACUGUUUUAUGACGAAUCAUUUUGUUGGCUUUACUCCUCAUGUUUGUGUCUGUGCUUGUAUAUUUUAGUAAUUUCUGUAAAAGUUAUCUGCGUAUUCCUCCCUAGAAUUAUCACAAACUCAAUCUAAUGUAAAGAGAUAAAAACCCUCUUGAAAGC